AUUCCGGGAUCUCACGGUGGCCCCUCGCCCUGGCUCCUGAUCCUGUCCCUCGGCGCCCCUCGGCCUCACCCGACCCAGGUCCCCAGGGCGCAGAGGCGGCCCCUCCCCGCGGAGACGGUGGGGCGGGCGCAGAACCGCACCCCCCGCCCCCGCCCCGCGUCGGCCGUGACGUCAGAGCCGGACCCGCUAAACUGAGCAGCGGCGGCCGAGAGCGGGGCGGAGACUGCGACCAGGAGCCGCCGGCACGGACGGAGCCCACAGCGGCGCAGGCACGGAGGACACCUGCCGGCAGCUGCACCCGAACCCGAGCCGCGCCGCGAAGCCAUGGCCCUGAGCGAGCUGGCGCUGCUGCGCUGGCUGCGGGAGAGCCGCCGCUCGAGGAAGCUCAUCUUGUUCAUCGUGUUCCUGGCGCUGCUGCUAGACAACAUGCUGCUCACCGUCGUGGUCCCCAUCAUCCCCAGUUACUUGUACAGCCUUGAGCACGAGAAUGCGACAGAGACCCAGACGGCCAGGCCCGUGCUCACGGCCUCCUCCCCAGGCCGCUUCCACAGCAUCUUCUCCUACUACGACAACUCCACCAUGGUCACAGGGAACGCCACCGGAGGCCUUCCGCAGGGGCAGCCACACCAGGCGUCCGCCACCACCCAGCGCCCGGUGACCAACGCAUCUGCUGCCCCUGCCGACUGUCCCAGUGAAGACAAAGACCUCCUGAAUGAGAAUGUGCAAGUUGGCCUGCUGUUCGCCUCCAAAGCCAGCGUCCAGCUCAUCACCAACCCUUUCAUAGGGCUGCUGACCAACAGAAUCGGCUAUCCCAUCCCCAUGUUUGCGGGGUUCUGCAUCAUGUUUAUCUCAACGAUCAUGUUCGCCUUCUCCAGCAGCUACGCCUUCCUGCUCAUCGCCAGGUCGCUGCAGGGUGUCGGCUCCUCCUGCUCGUCCGUGGCUGGGAUGGGCAUGCUUGCCAGUGUGUACACAGAUGACGAGGAGCGAGGCAACGCCAUGGGGAUCGCCUUGGGAGGCCUGGCCAUGGGGGUCUUAGUGGGCCCCCCCUUUGGGAGCGUGCUGUACGAGUUUGUGGGGAAGACGGCUCCCUUCCUGGUGCUGGCUGCCUUGGUGCUCUUGGAUGGAGCCAUUCAGCUCUUCGUGCUGCAGCCGUCCCGCGUGCAGCCAGAGAGUCAGAAGGGGACGCCCCUCACCACUCUGCUGAAGGACCCGUACAUCCUCAUCGCCGCAGGCGCCAUCUGCUUUGCAAACAUGGGGAUCGCCAUGCUGGAGCCGGCCCUGCCUAUCUGGAUGAUGGAGACCAUGUGUUCCCGGAAGUGGCAGCUGGGCAUUGCUUUCUUGCCAGCCAGCAUCUCUUAUCUCAUUGGAACCAAUAUUUUUGGGAUCCUUGCACACAAGAUGGGGAGGUGGCUCUGCGCGCUCGUGGGGAUGAUCGUCGUUGGAGUCAGCAUUUUGUGUAUUCCUUUUGCAAAAAACAUUUACGGGCUCAUAGCUCCCAACUUUGGAGUUGGUUUUGCUAUUGGGAUGGUGGACUCGUCAAUGAUGCCCAUCAUGGGCUACCUCGUGGACCUGCGGCAUGUGUCUGUCUACGGGAGCGUGUAUGCCAUUGCGGACGUGGCUUUCUGUAUGGGAUACGCGAUAGGUCCGUCGGCCGGCGGGGCCAUCGCAAAGGCAAUUGGGUUUCCCUGGCUCAUGACGAUCAUCGGGAUCAUUGACAUUCUUUUUGCUCCUCUCUGCUUCUUUCUCCGGAGCCCACCUGCCAAGGAGGAAAAAAUGGCUAUUCUCAUGGAUCACAACUGCCCCAUUAAAACAAAGAUGUACACUCAGAGUAACAUCCAGUCUUAUCCACUCGGUGAGGAGGAAGAAUCCGAAAGUGACUGAGACUCACAUACUCCAAGUGUUUAAUUGUAUAAAAGUGUCUCCCGUGACCUGACUCGUCCAGAACCAUCUUAGUCAUGCCAUGCAUCCCUGGCGAGAGAGUAAACCAACCAAAGGUUAUUAUUUCUUUUCCAUGGUUAUGAUUGAUUGCCAAUAGCCUUAUAAAGAAAAAGCUUUUCUAAGGGUUUGUAUAAAUAGUGUUGAAACUUUAUUUUAAGUAUUUGAUUUUAUUAAAUAUUAUACAAUAUAUUUUCACGAAAUAUGUAAAUCUAUAAAUAUUUGAAUCCAAAUCAAGUAUUUUUUAACUUACAUUCACAAACACUUGGGCAAAAAAAAUCUUAUAUUUUUUCUGAAUAUUGGUGACGAGUGUUUAAAGCAUACACUGAGACUUUUCCGACAAUGAGAAAGUAGAAGUCUGAAAAACAGAAUCGAGUAAGACAGCGUUAAGUUACAUAGUGACACUGAAUGAGUGUUGCUAAUUUGACGUGUAAUUACCAUCCAUAUAUUCGUUAGAAGCUAGUUAAGUACAGAGGACAAAGACUUGAAUCAGCCAUCUAUUGGAUUUAUCCAUAAAUCUCAGCUGGCAUAGAUUUCCUAUGUCAUUACCUGCCUGGAAAGAGAUGGCUGUCAAUUAUGUUGACUUUUCAUGUGGUUGGUGGUAAACGUUAAAGCCACAAGGGAAAAACAGGAUUCUGGAAACAGAGAAAAGCACCCACGCAUUCAGUUAUGAACUAGCUUUCCUGUUAAGAUGUACUUUUUUAUGAGAUAAAAGAAAAUUCAAAGUGUACCUUACACCGUCAGCUAUACUCAAGCAUGGUAUAGUUUAUCAACACCAAGUUCAAGUUUUAGAAAAGCAAACUUAAAAAGCUGCUGUGAUGGGAGAAAUCAGAUUGUUUCUAGAUCAUCCAAGUGUUUUCUAGGGAUCUGUUAAUUUGGGGUUGUCGGAAACUAUUUCUUUCCAGACUCCUGAAAGUUGUUCUUAUCUUUAGUGUAAAAACAAAUUUUAAAAGAAGGUAAAGGAAUGAAAUUGUUUAUGUCCUGAAUCACUUUAGGAGAAGAGACAAACGUAGGGUGGUCAGAACACAUCCCCUUUCCCAGAAAGAAAAGAAAAAGCAAACAUCUAAAAAUGUGCCCCAUGUCAUCUAGUGUGCUGUGUCCUGUAGUUUUUCUAAGCAUGAUAGCAUUGAUGUGCCUUUUCUGUGAACAGCAAAUACAGUUAGUGAAUAAUU